CCUGCGAUCAAGGGCAGCAAAGAAAGAUUUAAUGACUAAAUGAAAAUGGUUUGUAAAGUAUAUUUUUCACGUCUUCUAUCUCUAGAGAGAUAACGGGGACCUUCGCCUUCCCGGUGUCAGCUGUGUAAUUAUUAACAGACAGCAAACAUGAAGUGCCAAGACAACGAAUAGUGUCCAUUUUAUGUACCUCGAUCCUCUGAGUACAUAGCUACAACCACUUUAUUUUGAAACAGAUUUUUUUUGUUUAGGGUUUUGGUUAUAUUACAUAUAUGUCAGGGAUAGCAUAUUUUAUAUUGGACUAUAAUGACAAGUAUUAGAUAGUGUAGUGUAAUUUAAUAACUUAUUUAUAAAAUUGAUGCCGUUCAGAGCUCGCCGGAGAUGCACGAGUGUUUUUUGGAUGAUACUGCAAAGCCUGGCCCGGGCCAAGAGGAGCUGGAAGCUGCCCGCCUCGUUACUGAGGGUGCUUCAGGCUGAGAGAUGGGAAGGCAGCAGCGUUUUUAUUCAGGCGGGCACCAUCCUGCUCGCGCUGACGUUAUACUCCCUGAAUGCCUGGCUGUACAAACUGCUCACCGAGAUCUUCGUCUCCCAGUACCGCUUUCCUUAUGCGGUACAGCUCGCGUUUGCACAGGCCCUGCUGAUGCUGGCAGUCCUCUCCAGCCUGUGCUCUCUUGGCUGCCUCCCCCUGCAGCCGUACUCGCUGCACCUGGGUGAGCGCCUACUGGUGCCCGCCAUCUGCCAGGGUGCUCAUGCCGCGCUAGCACUGUGGGCGCAGGCCAACGGCGCCGCCGUCCUGCAUGGACUCGCAGAGCGCCUGCUGCCCCUGGCCUGCACCGCCUGCUCCCACGCCCUGGCUCUGACCCUGCCUCUCUCCUCCCACUCCAUUGUCCUGCUGGCUGGGGCGGUGCUCACGUCGGUCUCCCUCACUGUCAUGCGAGCCUCACUCUGGAUUGAUGCCCUGAUAUGCCUCUAUGCCGUACUGAGCGUCUUCCUGCACAGCCUCUCCCUCUGCUGGCUAGCCAAGGUGGGGGAGGGCGAGGCUGUCCGUGGGGGGAGGCGGGUCUCCUCGCUGGACCUCUGCUUCUCCAUGACCAUCAAUGAAAGCCUGGUGCUGGGUUUCCUGUGCCUACUGCACCCAGACGGCGCGCCGGCGCUCAGUGGGGGCUCCUGGCAGAGCCUCCUGUUCCUGGCCUACCUGCUGGGCGUGCUGUUGCUGGGCGCUCUACAGCACCUCCUGUUGGCCAUCGCGGCACUGCGCUGCUCCCCUGUGGCAGCUGCGCUGCUGCACACCGCACAAGGCCUCGCAGAGCCCCUCACUAGCCUCUUAUAGGCCAGACAUUGCAAGUUCCUCCAUACCUGAGAUGUAUCACUGCCAUUAAUUUCAGCAAAGGUAGAAAAUUCAGGUCCAGAAAGUACAAAUCAAGUUUUAUUUCAAUCAACUAAUCGUGUCCUCUGUGAUUUUGACUCUUCAUGCUGAACUUGUUGGUUGAAACAAAACCUUGGUCUGGAUUUGUAUAUUCUGGGCCUGAACUUUCCACCUCUGAAUUUGACAAAAUGUUUUGUUUAGUUUUUUAAGAUUAUUUGUAAAUCACUGCGUAGAAGUUGGGUAGCAUAAUGGGUUUAUGCCUACAACACUCUUACCUCAGAGCCCCAGGGUUGGGGGUUCAGAUCCUUGCCCAGCUCUGCAUGUGCAGAGUUCCUCCCUUUGCAUGUUUGGGUUUUUGUGAGGCAGAGAUGGACAGUUCAGGUUCAGGAAGUACAAAUCCACACCAAGAUUUUGUUUCAACCAACCAGUUGAGUAUAAAGAGUCACAGUCACGGAGUGCUGGUUGGUUGAAAUAAAAUCUUGUUCUGGAUUUAUACUUUCUGGAUCUGAACUUCCCACCUCUGUUGUCAGGUACAGGGUCACAUGUAGUUGGAUGAGUUGGCAUGACCAAUUCUCCUGUAGUGUGUUCACUGUGAGCCAACUCAUCCCCAUUGUGUGCUGCCUGAGACAGGCCCCAGUCUCCUUACGACCCUGUACUGGACGAGUGGAUGGAAGUACUUAGUCUGACUGGAUGUCAGAUUGCUGUUUGUGUUAAAACUGAGUAAAGAAUUACAUUAACCAAUCUGGGAUUGAAUACAUUGAUAUGUUGUAACACUGAGUGGUGACCAUGCAGCCAGAUAUCGAGGUGGGUAUCUGGAGUGAAAGUUACGUGACGUGCUUCGGCUGCGGACGGGGGUCACGCCUCGUGGCGUCCCAGCGACGCCGGCAAGUCGCGUCACCCAUAGCAAUGUCCUACCAACAUUCUCAGGCCCUUGAAAACAGCUGCUUGGUUUUUAUGAGGAAUGUAUUAAAUGCAAAUCAUGCAGCCAGUACCUUGGUACAUUGCCGUAUUUGGAAAAACCCUGCCGUUCCUGUCCAAUGGGGCCGCAGGCACAAUCGAAAGACUAAAUUUUCAUUUUGAGCUCCGAGUAGGAGUCCAGAGGAAGAAUACAGUCUCUAGAAACAAACCAUACCAAGUGCCUGUCAUUCAACUGCUGCGCAGCUACGAAUCAUCCCUGGAGAUAAUAAUGGUCAGUCGUCGUGUCAGAGUCAUAUCCAUGCGAGUUGAGCGUUGUGUAGUAGGGAGAUAACAGCUGUUCGCUGCUGUCCUCCAGGUUCACGUUGGUAGCUUCCUAGCAGGAUCCUGACGUAGCUUCUCUCCUUUCAUUAGUGUGACAUGGACCGACAAGUAAACGAGUAUUUAGAUUUCACCUGCACAGCCACCAGUCUUCUAUG